AUGGACCUCCCGACGCCUCGCGAGCUGGAGCUCGAGACGCUCCUCAGACAGCGCGACGUGCAGCUCACAGAUCUCACGGACGAGGUCACACACCUUAGACAGUACCUCGCUAACCAGCCUGUCCCGACGGUCACCGACCCCAUAUCGCUGCCACCACCACUCGUCUCGCUAUUGCUCCCGCACAUCAAUGACCAGUCGUCCGCCACAUCCUCAUCCGCGUUGUCCAGCACUGUCGUACAAGCCCUGACUCAGCGGGUCAAGGUCCUACAAGAAGAGAAUGAUGAACUUUACGAGCUACUGAAGACGGGGGAAACAGGGAGGCUGAAGGAGGACGUGCGCUCAUUGAAGAGAGUCGUCCAAAAGCUGGAGGGAGCGCUGAGAGACUCGCACCAAGCGAUCAAUUCUCUAUCAGAGGAGCUUGACAAGGCUCAGGCUACAAUCCUCGAGAACAGCCGAAUGAAGCCCAACAAUCCCCGUGCACUCUCUCAGUCCCCCGUAAUGCGCACGAACCAGAAUCUCCCACCACACAUGAGCCAGCCUUCGAAUGGCUCUUCCAAACUCCCGCCCACAGGCCCGCGUGCGCACAAAAAGCCGCGCCUCUCGGAGACGCCUUCGGCCCCACCUUCGUCUCAUGGGAGCCAACCUGCAAAGGGUAACCGCGUACAUGGCGGGUCCUCCGCCCGCCGACAGGAAACACCCAACCGCUCUCCGCGAGUGACCACGUCGAACGACCGGAAGCCGAAGAUGGAAGUAGACGACGGGGGUCGCAAACACUGGUCCCCAAAGCACGGCCUCGACCAUGAAGAACGUGCGGAGAGACCUUCGGACCGCGACCGCGACCGUGACCGGGAGCGCGAUCGCGAGCGUGGUCACGAACGCGACCGUGACCGGCCGCCAAAGGACCGCGAGCGAGACAGACACACUCACCGCGACCGCGAUCGUGACCGGGCGAGAGACUUUGAUAGGUCCAAACGGAACGGUGCGUAUGGCGGUUCGGGCGGCGGUGGCGGGGGUAGUUCGGGGGGAGGCACCGGAGGUGGCAGACGGCCGCGCCGUGGCAGCAACACGAACUCGUACUCUUCCGCCGGAGAUCGGACGUUGAAGGAGCGUAUGGGACUCUAA